UGUUUUUGUUUCCCUAUUUAGUUAACUGAGUUUCUAACACAGCAACAGAAAGGAGCUAAUAUUUUAGCUGUGAUCAGACACAUCUGAUUUCUGUUGAAGAGCUUUAGGUUAAAUUGUGCAAACUGACAUUACUGUAAACACUGGGCACGCCUGCACUGCACCUCAACAUGUAUAGGCUUGUACCUGUAGAGUAAGUCAGGUAGGGAAAUACAAGUCUAGGAAGUUAUACAUGUUUUUGACCAACAAUAAAGCAUACUGCAGUCUUCAGCGAAGGAAACCAUGCUGGCUCCCAUAGAUGAUGUCAUGACAUGGGGAGAGUCAUUCGACCAUCUUCUAGAGUGUAAAACAGGCCAGCUGAUGUUUGAGAACUUCUUGAGGACAGAAUACAGCGAGGAGAAUCUUCUAUUUUGGCUGGCCUGUGAGGAGUACAAAAAUAUGUCCUGCACGACUGAAAGGGUGGGUGCUGCCAAAAGGAUUUACAAGGACUUUGUCCAAGUUGGUGCACCAAGACAGACAUGUUGGGAGUUUUGUACCUGCAGUACGUUUCCUGUUCAUGUGCAUGCUACAAAGACUCAAAAUGGCUGCAUUAUAUUUCAUUUGACCGAACUGCUGUUGGACAACAAGCUGGAUGAGCUUCAGAGCAGGACGACGUUUCAACGGGAGAUUAACAUCUGUACUGUUUUUGCUUUAACGGAAACUUGGUUCGACCCCUCGAUCCCGGACUAGGCCAUUGUUCCUGAGGACUCUUCGUUUAUCGCUGGACCAGACUAUACAUUCAGGAAAGAGCAAGGUGUCUGAUUCAUGGUGAACAAGUGGUGCUCAGAUGUGGGAAUUAUUUCUACGGGCUGCACUCCGGACCUGGAGCAGCUUAUGAUCAGAUGUUGGCCUUUUUCCGUGUGAGUUCACAUUGGUUGUCAUGACAGUAGUGUAUGUUCCACCACACGCUGUUACCAGCGAGGCCAUGGAAGAACUGUCUGAAGUUAUCGACAAGGCAGAGACUUCAUGGCCGGAGGCUGCGUUUAUUGUAGCCGGGGAUUUUAACAGUGCCAAGUCCUGCCAAGAUACCACCAACACAUCAGCUGUUCUAUGCGUGGUAAAAACACACUCGAUCAUGUUUACACCCCUUACGCAAACAUGUAUAAGGCCCUCCCUUGAUCUCCUUUUGGGAAAUCUGACCACGCCUCAGUUCUGAUGCUGCCUUCCUAUAGACAGAAAUUGAAGUGUUACGGAUCAGUAAAGCAAACCAUUCAACAGUGGUCCGUCCAAUCAAGUUGCAGCAUUCAAGCCCGUACCACCAGACUCAGGGACAGCUUCAUACCGCAGGCCAUAAGACUUCUAAUGCUGUCAGCAGCAACGCCACCUUUAAAUAAUAGCACCUUCUUAUUGUUUAUUAAAUAUAACUUAUUUGUGGUAUUCCUGCUUUUUGGUAUUUGACUAUUUUUUUUGUGGUUUAUAUUCUUUUUAGUGUUGUUAAGAGAG